AUGAAAGACCUCUCUCUGCUGUUUGGCAGUGAUGCCGUCACUCAUGUGGUUUCAGAGGACAGUGAGGCCUCUUCGCUCUGGGCGUGGCUGAAAGGUCACUCUCCGUCAGAUCCCUCCAAGAUGCACGUGUUGGACAUCAGCUGGUUCACCGACAGCAUGAAAGAGAGGAGACCUGUUGCUGUGGAAACCAAACACCUCAUCCAGGAUGUCUUGCCGGAAGUCUCUACACCCCCAUCGGUGGUCGCAGUUUCUCAGUACGCGUGCCAGAGACGGACGACAACAGAGAAUCACAACAAGACUCUCACAGAUGCCUUUGAGGUGCUGGCUGAGAACUAUGAAUUCAACGAGAUGGAGGGCCAAUGCCUGGCCUUCAGGAGAGCUGCUUCAGUGCUGAAGAGUCUGUCAUGGCAGGUGCGCUCCUCACAUCAAGUACACGACCUGCCCUGCCUGGGAGAAACCAUGGAGGAGUUGGUUGAGGAGAUCCUCCAAUAUGGUCGAUCGUUUGAAGUUGCUAAAAUACUCUCAGAUGAGAGGUUUCAGACGCUCAAGGGGUUCACAAGCGUGUUCGGGGUUGGACUGAAGACAGCGGAGAAGUGGUACCGGAGGGGGCUGCGCACAUUCCCAGAUGUUAUGGCGGAGCCCAGCAUUCGUCUGAACCGAAUGCAACAAAGCGGUUUUCUGCAUUAUGGAGACAUCUCCAGGCAUGUCAGUAAGGCUGAGGCCCUGGCCCUGGGGAACAUUAUUGACGAAGCUGUCCACGCCAUCGCUCCGAAUGGCAUACUGACUCUGACAGGUGGCUUCCGCAGGGGGAAGGAGUUUGGUCACGACGUUGACUUUAUAGUGACCACACCAGAGCGGGGGCAGGAGGAGGGUCUCCUCACUAACAUCAUCAAGCAUCUGAAACAUCAGGGCAUUCUCCUCUUUUGCGAUUUCCAGCCCUCCUCCUUUGACCUGUCAAAGCUUCCCAGCCACAGGUUUGAGGCCAUGGACCACUUUGCAAAGUGCUUCCUGAUCCUGAAGUUGGAGGGGCAUCAAGUGGAGGGAGGUCUCUGUAGAGCUGAGGGGGACAGCAGGGAUUGGAGAGCUGUGCGAGUGGACUUGGUGUCACCACCCCUGGAUCGUUUUGCCUUUACUCUUCUUGGCUGGACCGGCUCAAGGCAGUUUGAGAGAGACCUCAGAAGGUUUGCUCGACUGGAGCGAAGGAUGCUCCUGGACAACCACGCUUUAUUUGACAAAACCAAGAACGAGUUCCUGGCAGCUACGUCUGAGAAGGACAUCUUUGCCCAUCUGGGUCUCGAGUACAUCGAGCCUUGGCAGAGAAACGCGUAGGCCUCCUCUCCUGCCUGGACGGAUGAUAUCCUGGUGUGUGUACAUCAGUGAUCAUCCCAUCUGUUUGCUGUUCUGAGGCUCUCCAGUGAUUCAGCUUUUGAUUUUCCUGCUCUUUUGUGAUGUUGUCACCAGCAUGGUUACUGCUUUUUUUUGUCUAGAUUAUGUGCUGAUGUGUGAUUCACAGUUUUGCUUUUUUAUUGUUGUCUGAGGGUCAAUAAAAAAAUCUCCC